GAAGUGUCUUUGAGCGGCUGGCAGAAGUAUUCAGUGUGUUCAGUCGUUGAACGCGCCAUAACUGUUGGCAAGCUGUGAGCGAUUGAGAAAACAUUGUGUAACCAGCCCAGUUCCAUCAAAGGACUCCGUUCUGGUGCUGUAUUAUCGCAUUCACUCUUCAAACGGGACGGUGACGAAUCACAAGAUAUCUUCUGGACAGCACCCUUGCAGUACCACUGUUAAACCACAAUGAUCACCAGAAGAAGAGGCCGCACUGUGAACACAGAGGUGCAGUCUCUGGAGGUCGAAAUGGUAGAUAGGGUGGAAACUGAUGACGAUCUCCCAAGUCCAUCUGAGGGGUUCCCUGCAGACGAUAUUGACACCGCUGGAAUAGAGCUGGAGGAUCUAUUUGAAAUUGAAGACUUUAAAUGGACAUUUGAUAGAGAUACAGCCUCUCCACUCUUUGAUAUUGAUUUGGCAGAUCUCAGUGUGCGUGGUGCCAGGGAUCAAGAUUCCGGGAUUGAAGCCUCAAUAGCCUCGUCUCCGGAGAGAAUGUUGUCUGACCUGAAGAUCAAGAACAGACUAAACCAGUCGAGCCACGUGAUCAACAAAAAUGCCAUCGCUGCCAGAUUGAAUCGUCAAAAGAAGAAAGAAUAUGUCAACAGCCUGGAGAAGAAAGUUGGUAUCCUGUCAACGGAAAACAACGCACUCAAACAGGAAAAUUCUCAGCUGACCAAGAGAGUGGAGGAGUUGGAAGAUGAGACCAGGUACCUGAGAGCUGUGCUGGCCAAUGAGAGCAUGUUAGCCCAGCUCUUGUCCAGGCUGAGCGGUGUGAAUGGGAUGAAAUUAUCUUCCUCGCUUUUCCAGGGGCCCGACUCAAACGACCACGACUAUGCCUUACCCAGGAAGCGUGUGAAAGUGGAGGAGAAAGAGACAUCUGGUGGCGUGUGUCUGCACGUGGACAAGAACCAUGUCUCGGUGGAGUUCUGCACUAAGUGUGCAGAGAGUGCAAGCACGUCGCUCAAAAUGUAGGGUCAAGUACUUAUCUCUGUUUUCAGAUAUUGAGACUGAACUUGAUAUGGCUCAGUGUACUGAACAUCAUGAGGGUGGAUGAACACUGUUGAAUUAGUUAAAACUGCUAAGAACUGCUGAAUGUGCAUGUGUUUCUGUGUGAUGAUGGAUUUGAGUACACGUUACUGCUAAACCUUGUUGACAGUUUCUUCUAGGUAAUGGUUGAUCCACCAUGCGGGAUGAGUGGCUUUCUGAACACCUUUACCUUCUUGGCUCCAUGUGGAUUCUGCUGGUGGAAGGUGAAGAGGCUGGACAAGCAACUGCCCAACGAGGCCUGGUAUUUUUUUAAAGGUAGUAUCGGUAACAAAUGGUAUACGUUAAAUUCUAUUUUGCCAAUACUCCACAACAUCUGUAGCUGUAGAUCCUGUCAGCAUAGCUCAUACAACAUUUUUGUGAGGCUGACUACAGUUGCUCCAUUACUUGGAGAAAGUCUACUGGAGGCUUAAUAGUCUCUUAAUUAUGUGUUCUAUAUAUUGACAUAUUGGAAUGUGUUAAUUAGAUACAUCCAAAAUGAGAUGCUUUAAGUGGUGACAUUGCCAGUUUUGAUCAAGUGUAACAAAAUGUAAAUGUGUAUAUAACUAUGUAUUGUUUGAGGUAAAUUCCCUUUGAGAAAUGUUGGACAAAUAAAUCAUAUUUUCGUUA